UUCGCGAGGUGCAGCGCCAUUCGUGUGAGUUCGUCGCUUCCGUUCGACGGACUUUGCGACGUGUACGGGUGUGUGCGCAAGUAUGAAGUGAAAUCGUACAUAAAAGUGUGUGAAAUGUUUAGUGUAAGUUUUUACUGUGCUGUAAAACCAAAAUGAGUGCGAACGGAUGAUUUUACUUCUGAAUUUCGAUAAACAAUUUGUACGGUAAUUGUGGAACACGUAACAUUUUGUAUGGUCGGUUUCAAAAUGGCUGUGUUUUGAAGGACCCUUUGUCCGCUUUCGUUUGCUUCUCCAGCAUGAUAGUGGAAUCAUACAGACAGAAGUUUAUCUUUGAAAGGGAAUGCAUGUCAUGUACCCGGAGCCGACGCAGUAUCGCAACAGUCAGCCCGAGCCGCCCCGUCACCAGCCGGCACUGUCGCCGGCGCAGCCUGCCAAGAAGCGCCGCGUACUGAGUCCCCAGACGCACCGACAACACCAGCACACAUUUGACAAUACUUAUUGCAAGGACAAGUGGUGGCCAGAGGUCGGGGCGGGCUGCUGCCCCGCCGUGCCGAGUCGCGCGUGCGAUGCGGAGCGGUCCCCGCCGCCCGCUCCCCCGCCCGCUCACCCCUGCGCGUGCGACAACACUGUGGGAGAUAGCAGCGCUUGGUCGGCGGUGGCGGUGGCGGGAGUGGCAGCGGGCGCGGCGGGCGGCGCGCGGACGCGGGCGGCGCACGGCGCCACGACGACGGCGCACAGCAAGCAGCUGGCGGCGGGCGGGGCCAACCACCCGGCCCAGCCGCAAGGUAACAAACGCUCCGGCUGCGGUGGCGAUGGCGACUACCAGCUGGUGCAGCACGAGGUGCUCUACUCCUCGUCGAAUAGGUACGAGGUGCUGGAGUUCCUCGGGCGCGGCACGUUUGGGCAGGUGGUGAAGUGCUGGAAGAAGGGCACCAACGAGAUCGUCGCCAUCAAGAUUCUCAAGAACCACCCCAGCUAUGCUCGCCAGGGGCAGAUUGAGGUGUCCAUCCUCUCCCGCUUGUCUCAAGAGUCGGCGGAUGAGUUCAACUUCGUGCGCGCGUACGAGUGCUUCCAGCACCGCUCGCACACGUGCCUCGUGUUCGAGAUGCUCGAGCAGAACCUGUACGACUUCCUCAAGCAGAACAAGUUCUCGCCGCUGCCGCUCAAGUACAUCCGCCCCAUACUGCAGCAGGUGCUCACCGCGCUGCUCAAAUUGAAACAACUAGGGCUGAUCCACGCGGACCUGAAGCCCGAGAACAUAAUGCUGGUGGAGCCGGCGCGGCAGCCCUACCGCGUCAAGGUCAUCGACUUCGGCAGCGCCUCGCACGUCAGCAAGGCCGUCUGCAACACCUACCUGCAGAGCAGAUACUAUCGAGCGCCGGAGAUUAUCCUGGGUCUUGCCUUCUGCGAGGCCAUCGACAUGUGGUCGUUAGGCUGUGUGGUGGCUGAACUGUUCCUGGGCUGGCCGCUGUACCCGGGCUCAUCCGAGUACGACCAGAUCCGGUACAUCUCGCAGACGCAGGGCCUGCCCACCGAGCAUAUGCUCAACAGCGCAUCAAAAACGGCCAAGUUCUUCUACCGCGACGUGGACAGCACGUACCCGUUCUGGCGCCUCAAGACUCCCGAGGAGCACGAGCUGGAGACCGGCAUCAAGAGCAAGGAGGCGCGGAAGUACAUCUUCAACUGCCUCGACGACAUCGGACAAGUAAAUGUACCAACGGAUCUUGAAGGAGGCCAACUCUUGGCGGAAAAGGCAGACAGACGGGAAUUCAUUGACUUAUUGAAGAGAAUGCUUACUAUGGACCAAGAACGAAGGAUAACCCCAGGAGAGGCGUUGAACCACGCGUUUGUCACACUCGCGCAUCUGGUCGACUAUGCACACUGCAACAAUGUAAAGGCCUCCGUGCAAAUGAUGGAGGUGUGUCGUCGCAGCGGCAGCGGCGUCGGCGGCGUGGGCGGUGUGGGAGGCGUGGGUGGUGUGGGCGGCGUGGGCGUUGGCGGCGGCGAGUAUGUGAGCGGCGUGGUCGCGCCCGCCGCGCCCUCCGCGCACCAUCUCGCGUUGACGAUAAACCAGCAGAGGCUGCGGGCCGCGCCUUAUGAUAACUUGUACCAGCUGUACAGCGGGGGCCGCGUGGCGGUGGGCGGCGCGCGGCAGUACGCAACGCGCGCCGCGGAGCCUUUUCCCCACCAGUUCGUCUCCUCCAUCCUCUGCCAGCCCGCCUAUCAGGUACAGCAAUUAGCCGCUGCAGCAGCGGCAGCAGCAGCCGCUCAUCACCAACACGGCGUGAGCGGCGUGGGCGUGGGCGGUGUGGGCGUAGGCGUGGGUGAAGUGGGCGAGUGGCGCGCGCCGCUCAUAGUGGAACCCGCGCCGCUGCCAGAACCAGAUGUGUGGGACUUUCACCCGCACACCCAUCACCAUCAUCCACACAAAAGAUCAACGAAGCAACAGACGAGCGCCGUGCCGCACUACCAGCCGCACCACCAGACGCAUCAAUACAGCAUGGCCAACAGCGGCGGCAAGAAGGAAGCGACGCAACUGUCGCCCGUCAAGAAACGCGUCAAGGAGGGCACGCCGCCCUCGCGGCACCGCCACCACGACCACACGGUCCGCAACAACGUGCCAGCGCCGGUGGCGCCCGCGGGCGCGUGGGAGGCGGGCUGCGCUGCGCACACCAUCACCAUCCGCGACACGCCCUCGCCCGCCGUCUCCGUCAUCACCAUCUCCGACUCCGACGACGACGCGGAGCCCCGCCCCAACAGAGGUAGCGGCGAGUGCGUCCCGUCUGGCCACAUGACGAGCGCCAGUAGCGUGGUCACCAACAACCCCGCGGCGGCGAGCACCGCGGGCGUGACGGUCAGCAGCAACGGCGGCGUCAUCUGCAGCGCGCGCACGCCGCGCGACGAGCGCCACGUCAAGCACGAGCCGCACCACCAGCCCUGCCACCACCACCACGCGCAGCAACAGCCAGCGCCACAGCAGCCGGCGCCGCAACAGCCGCCACCACAGCCGCAGCAGCACCAGCAACAGCACGCGACACGGCCGGCGCCCGCGCCCGCGCAAGCCACGCCGCAGAGCCAGAAGAAGAGGCUGCUGGCGCUCGCGCAGCAGGAGGCGCAGGCCAAGCUCGAGCACCACGACCACGCCGCCGCCGCGCACUAUAAUAGCGGUUCGACGGUGCGCCAGACCAACGACUACCAGUGCAAUCAGUACGUGCCGACGCAGCACAACAAGAGGGAUAGUAGCGGCGGCUGUCGUGAGUACCUGCCGGUGAGCGCGGCCGUGAGCGGUGUGAGCGUGAGCGGCGUCAGUGGCAUGGGCGUGAGCGUGAACGUGGGCCCGCCCGCUGCGCACAAGCACGCGCACGCCUGGCACCCGCACGCGCACCCGCACGCGCAUCCACAUUAUAAGAGUACGAGUGGCGUGACGGGCGUGGGUGGUGUGGGCGCCGUGACGAGUGGCGUGAGUGGCGUGGCGGGCGUGUCGGGCGGUGGCGUGCUGUCGCCGGGUGGCGUGUCGCCGGGGUACCUGCCCGCGCCGCUAUACGUGCCCACUUAUCAUUACCACACCGGCGGCGUGGGCGGUGUGGGCGCCCCGCCCCCGGCGCAUCACGGCAGCGGCGCGAGGUUGCCUGGCUACCUACAGCCCUACUCGCCCACAUACCUCGUCCCACAGCAUCACCAGCAGCUGUGGUACACGGACUGAGCUCGCCACGCGCCGCCAGCGGACAGACAGGCCGAUGUGCCAGUGCCAGCUAUGCCAGUAGGAAGAUCCUUGGCCGAUAUGCCAUUGCCAGGUGCAGACAUGCCAGUUCCGAGAUCAUUGGCUGAUGUGCCAGUACAAAGAUCAAUGGAAGAUAUGCCACUUAAAAGAACAUGGGCAGAUAUGUCCAUACAAAGAUUGUUGGUUGAUAUGCCAGUGCGAAGCUCAUUGGUCAAUGUGCCAGUAGAAAGAAGAUUACCUGAUAUGCCAGCACGAAGAUUAUUGGUCAAUGAAAGAAUAUUGGCUGAUAUGCCAGCAGAAAGAACUCUGGCCGAUAUGCCAAUACGAAGAUCAUUGGCCGAUGAAAGAAUGUCUGAUAUGUCAUUACCGCAACGUGGAUCUUUGGCCGACAUGUCGUAUCCACAACAGCCAAUGUCUUUACAACCACGAAGAGCGCUGGCUGAUAUAUCUUUACCACCUCAAGGAUUUCCCGAUAUGUCGAUACAAAGUGAAACAUUGGCCGAUAUAUCAUUUCCAACACGAGCUACAUUGGGCGAUCUCUCUUUACCACCUCGCGAAUUAAUGCCAAAUACACUACCGACGCGAAGCACUUUGGCCGAUAUUUCACUACAGCGAGGCACCUUGGCCGAUAUAUUAUCGCAACAAGGUACAUUGGCCGACAUGUCACAAAGACCAAUGGCAACAUGGAAUGAUAUGUCAUUACCACCCAUACGGAGCUGGAUGGACAUGUCAUUGCUGCCUACUGGAAUAUAGUAAAGCAAGAUAAUACAAUAUUAUGAUCUCAAUAGCUUGUUAACUAACAAUAUACAUAUCACAUAUUCGAUUUGAACAAGAUAUGACGUAUGAAGUCACAUCUGUCUGCUGGUGGUGACUACGAUAUCGAUACGAGUGCUUUUAACUAACGAGAAAGAAGAAACGAUUUUGAAGGGUGAAAAAAUUCAAGAUUCAAUUUGGGAUGUGAAAGUGCAUCGUUAUAUUCGUUUUGGAAGUGAAAUAUAGAUGUUUGUAGAUUUUAAGAGAGCACAGGAUUUAAUGUAACGCACACACUCGCUGUCUUUAUAGACACAACCGGGCCAGAGUGUAUGGUUGGAUAUGUCGACACGGUUCCGUCUGUAAGGACGGCGGAGUGAUCUAUCAAGGAAUUUCGAAAAUCGACCGUUUUCUAUUCACACUGCAAUUUUUAAUUCAAAACUGUGACUAGUGUGUUUUGCGCGCGUGUUUUAUAUAUACAGUUCCUUGUGGGCGGUGCCUGUCUGUGUGUCGGGUCUUUGUUGUGUUUAAAUUAAGGUGGAGACAGAUUGGUGUGACUUACUGAACAUAUGCGACGUAUUGUGAUAUUUUGACACGUGAUUUUUUAUGAAAACAUGCAUUAGAAAUUUAAUUAUUAUUGUAACACAAUCCAACGCGUCCCACUCUACGGGAAGGUUGAGAUGUUUGUCCGUAUUUAUCUCAAUAUUCAAAGCUAAAUAUUCAUAAAAUAUUUCAUGUAAUUGUAUAGUAAAGACAUGAAUUUUUUUAUGAAUAUUUUGCUCCACAUUCCCAUCUUGGACAUUGGAACUUGACGUCGCGUGAGAUGUGGGAUUGCCUUGCAAACGAUGAGUUCGUUUCUAAUCAAUAUGUUUUCAUAUAAAAUCAAGGAUCCAGACGUCACAAUGCGUUGUAUACGUUGCAUAUGUCAGCUCAAUAUGUCUUCACCUUAAAUGUUUAUAGUUAAAAAAAAUAUUUCUGUACAAAUUAGGAGGGUGAAUUUAGUUUUCACGAGCACGCGACCUGCGAUUUUUUUUUUAAUUCGUGUGAGAAUUUCAGAGUGGUUUUUAUCUUAAAUUAAUUAAUUAAAUAAUUAAUCGUCUAUAUAUAUUUCGUGUAGCGAACGAAAAUGCUCGCAUACUAAUUUGUAUAAUAGGAUUAAUUAAUUAUAAUUAUUAAUCAUGCAUUAUACAUAAUUAUAUUUUUUUCAAUUAAUUAACAAUAAAACCACGUGUUUAUUUCUUUGUAUACGUUGAGUAUGCGGUAGAAUUAAUAAAUAAUAAAAUAUAAGAACGAAAGGUUUAUAUGAACUUGUAUAGAUAUUGAUUGUAAAUUAAUUUUUAAGAUUAUGAUUUUGCUGAGGAAGCCAAGUGUAGGGGUUGCAUUUACUAAUAUUUUAUUCGUAGACUAGAGUUUCUACCAAAUCAUUAAAAUGGGGAGUUUUUUUUAAUAUAAGGGUCAGUGCAGACCGAAUUGUAAACUUAUCUCGCAUAUCGAGCACGAUAAAUUAAUAGGGUCCUUAUUCAGUUCCAAUAGAGUUGUAAAUAUAAUGAAAGAUAAAAUUCGCUCUUUUCGCCGUUUUCUUGUCUAAGGGUUCGUGUUUUUUCCACCAAUCAGAUUACUGAGAAAUGACGCGAUAUCACGUGAUUGGCGUAUCACGACGUUACGAUAACCUGAUUGGUUCAUCAACGCGUCUCAGUGGGAAUGCAUUCUAAUUACAAUGAAUUAAGGCUGAGAUUUAUAGAGCGUACUUUGACUUAGUCCUAGCUUAGAUUUAAGACACUGUUGAAACGAGACAGCGUUAAAUCACUGGCAUAAAUCUGUCUCGUUUUAACUGAAACUAAAGUCUGAGUAAAGUCAAAGUACGCGCUAUAGAUCUGAGACUUAGAGAACGCAUUCGCCAUAUUUGCUCAAUGUGUCAAUUGUCAUCACAAAACACAGCUUAAGCACUAAAAUUCAUAUAGCAAUAAAAGUCAUAACUUUUGACAUGAUGGUUGACACACAGAGCAAAUAUAGUGAGUGCCUUCUCAUAAUGUAAUUCACUAUAUAUUUUAUCUUUCCUAUCCUUUCUAUUAAUUGAAUUCUGUAAAGGUGAUAUUUAGCUAUCUGUA